UGUCUGAAAAUGUGAAAACACCGGUUCGUCAAGAAGAAGACACUGACACCUGCAGUGACAUUGAUGACACCCUUACUGAACCACUCGAAAAGAGCAGAAAAAGGAGUCAUAGUGGUUCUGAGAGGAGCAGUGCUACUGAUUGCCCUCCUCACUUAACUGCAGUGACUGAAAAGUUGAAGACACCGGAUCGUCAAAAAGAAGACACUGACAGCUGCAGUGACAUUGAUGACACACCUACUGAACCAUGCAAAAAGAGGAGAAAAAGGAGUCAUAGUGGUUCUGAGAGCAGUGCUGAUUGCCCUCCUCACUUAACUGCAGUGACUGAAAAGGUGAAGACACCGGUUCAUCAAAAAGAAGACACUGACAACUGCAGUGACAUUGAUGACACCCUUACUGAACCACUCGAAAUCAGCAGAAAAAGGAGUCAUAAUGGUUCUGAGAGGAGCAGUGCUACUGAUUGCCCUCCUCACUUAACUGCAGUGUCUGAAAAUGUGAAGACACCGGUUCAUCAAAAAGAAGACACUGACAACUGCAGUGACAUUGAUGACACCCUUACUGAACCACUCAAAAAGAGCAGAAAAAGGAGUCAUAGUGGUUCUGAGAGGAGCAGUAUUACUGAUUGCCCUCCUCACUUAACUGCAGUGUCUGAAAAUGUGAAAACACCGGUUUGUCAAAAAGAAGACACUGACACCUCCAGUGACAUUGAUGACACACCUACUGAACCAUGCAAAAAGAGGAGAAAAAGGAGUCAUAGUGGUUCUGAGAGGAGCAGUGAUACUGAUUGCCCUCCACAGUUACCCGCAGUGACUGAAACGAGGAAGACUCCAGAUUGUCGAACAGAAGAAUCUGACAGCUGCAAUGACAAUGAUGAAAGCCCUAAUAAACCAUGCAGAAAGAGCAGCAGGUCGAAUAGUGGGGACUCUGAAAACAAAAGCAGUGACUCUGAUUGCCCUCUGAUAGUAUAUACUGCAGUGCAGGGAAUUGUCGGUAAGAACGACAAGAGUUACCAUGACGAUGAGCCUGGUUGCGAUGAUGAAGGAGAAGUCACUGGACAUACAUCAAUGAGAUAUUCUAGGACUGAAAGAAAUAGGAAUAUUGUUAGUGUGAGUUGUCCUGAGACAGAAGGAGAAGGGGUAUCGGAAGAAGUUAGGAUUUUCUCUCGUCACCCCACUGCUGCUUCAACAACCGAGGCUCGUAAUAUUGGAGAGGAACCGAUACCGUCAACAUCAUCUGGAGCUGCCGCUCACAUGUCAGAGUGCCGUAAGGAUAAAGAGUCAGAGAACUGUCCA